AUGGCCGGACAGACUAUGUCAGAGGACGAAUUGCGCAAGCUGAGAGCCAGCAUAGGAAGCCGAAAAACGUCACUGGCAUGCCUGCAGGCCAGGAGUUAUCGAAGAGGAUUAAACAAGAUCAAAGCCGAACCAGAUGCAGAAGCAUUCUCCUUCCUCGAGAACGUGAAAAAUUAUCUUUCCACGCAGAAGGGGAAGAAUCCUAUGAAAUCAAUCGGUCGGACAAUGAGCAAGAGAUGCGCAGGAUGCUCGGCCAAUAAGAAUACUUUAGGUCAACGUUUGUCGCUGGAUUCCCUUGCUGACUGGAGGCCCACCACCCAAAAUUCGGAGAGGGCUGCUCUCAUCAGCGGUCAGGCUUCAGACUCUGAAGCGGAGAGCGAAGUUCGUGAUGGAGAAGUCGAUUACUUUGACGAAAAUGAUAUGCGAAAACAUCGAUUAACGCUUUUCGGAUUAUCCCUUGCCGGAAGAGAAGAUCAGGAAGUGGAAAUUCAAGCUUCGAGAAACCCUCACAUGCAAGGGAGGGGCAGAGCUUCAAAACAUCCAGAAGAAAAUGACACUUCUGAGGAAGCAGCAAACAGCGAUGAUACGUUCUUCCUCAAUACCAAUGUGACCGACAGUGUAAGACCAAGGGCCAAACUGUUUUUGUUUCGGGGUCUUCCUGUUACCCCGUUCACCCGCGACCAAAUGACGGAUAGUGUCUUGAAGCAGAACUAG